GUUCGAUAAAUGUUAUAUCUAUUUUUCUUAUUUAUCUUGAUGAAAAUAAAAGGCACCAAUUGACUUCAAGCGCGUAUCAGGUCGAUCUAUCAUGUACACAUAUUUUCCAAAAAACUUUAUUUAAUUAUGCUGACUUUCUAGAGACUUAUUCUAGCUCCAAGAUACAAAAUGUCACCUCAUUGUGGUAUCAAUAUACUCAGGAUAUAUCUAAGCCUAGUUUAGAAACAUCAACCUUUAUGGCUAUCCAAAGCAUGUUGUUUCGAAGAUGUCAGAGAAUCAAGAAAUUCUACAUUUCAUUGGCUGAAGAUAGCUCAACAUUUCUUUUAAUUCCCAGCUCAUGGUUCUAUUCUUCAGAAUUGAGAGAAUGCGAAUUUAAAUUUGUUGUUUCAGAUAGUCAAAACAUGAUUGUAUAUAAUUAUAUUAACUUAAUUUCUAUAAUGAACAAAAGAAUUCAAAUCAUUCGUAUUAUGGCUUAUAAUGAAGAUAUACCACCAGAAUGUCGAGAACCAUUCUUAAAUUUAAUUAGUGCUCAAACUGAACUCAAAGAACUUGAGUUGAAUUAUUUUAGCACUUCUAGCUUUACACCUUUGUUACGACAAGAAAUGCUGCAAACAAAAUCUCAAAGCCUUAGAAAACUAAUUUUACAAGGAAUCAAGUUUGACAAAGAUAAUCUUACAAAUAUUGCACCAAACUUAGAGAUUUUAUCAAUAAAGUGUUCAUUUGGAAAUCCUUUUGAGAGAGAGUUAAGUAAUGAAGUAAAAGAGGAAUUUAUUUUGUUGCUUAGUCAAAAUUGUCCAAACAUGACUACUUUAUGUUAUAUAACUGACAAUCUUAUAUUCUCUUCAACACUUAAAAUAUUUAAAAAACUUUGUCAACUUCAAAUAGGAGGAUUUGCUUAUUAUGAUCUUCCUUAUAGUAAUCAAGAUUACUUGCAAGCCUUAGUUAGAUAUUUGCCUAGCUCUUUAAAAGUUCUUAACUUACUUAAUGUUCAUGAUUAUAGUCAUGAAAACUUGGAUCGUUUUUUACAAGAUUUUGAUGUAGAAAGGGUUAAGUUAGAAGUUCUUAUAUUACCUUUUAAUAUUGAGUUUGAUCUACUUCCAAAUUUAAGAAAAUUUGUUGAAAAAGCCAAAAAUCUAAGAUAUAUAGAAUUAGUGAGAUCAGAAAAUUGCGAUGUAGAAAAACAAAAAGACAGUGAGAAAGAAAUAAUUGAUCUUUGUCAUAUAGAAUUUAAUCUUAUGUAG